CUGCUUAUUAUCUGAUGUAAAUUGUAGAUGUUUACCUGAAUACAAUGCUCACCAACAUCUGAACUGUUUGAUACACAGAGCUUACUCAACCAUUUCCUUGCAAAUUUCACAUCUAAUAGUACGUUCACACCAGCAGUGGGAGAGUUCAAAUACAUUUUAAAUGGAAGGAUGGAUUGGGAUAUUUGUUUGACAUAUUUCAGCCUGUUGGUCUCGGUGAUCGUCUUCUAGUCGAGUUUCUGAAGAUCCUUUCCCCGUUUUCACAACUGUUAAGCCUGGUGCGUUAGUGCGCCCCGGCGUGGAGCCCGGGUAAAGCGCAACUGUAGUGCGGGGAGUGGUGGAUUUUGACAACUCGCAGUGCAGGGUUGCUGCUGUUCAGCUGCAUCGUGACGUAAAUACAUCUCUUGAAAAUCCAUCAGAAUGCACACGUUGGAUUUUUCAACAGAGCACCGUCUCCCGCUGCUGUCGCCCACGCUGUUUACUACAGGGCUACACAUUGCAGACGGUGAUGCGGCGUGCGGAGGGUGUUGCUACUGAGCACCGGCGAUAGUGAGAAGAGAGAGAAGGGGCGCUUCACCUGACCAGUCUUUGAGACAGUACAACAGAGCUACACACGGGGGAUGAUGUAUUUCUACUCACUGCUAUCACACUUCUCCAUCCUCUCACGGUUAAAGUCCACAGAAUCGACUGGGAGAAAUUAAAGACAUUUAUUCCCCCGGCAGCAGUACCAAGAGCCAGAAGAAUCAAGAUGAAAUUCCCAACAGAGAAUCCACGAAAACCAGGGAACAUGAACCCUCCACCAGUGGCAGUCCAGACCAACCUGGUUCCUCCAAAGAAAGUGCAGCCGGGCAUGCUUCAGUCAAGCCUGGUGCACGCCAGUGUGGCCACCAUGCAGAACCCAAUGGGCUGUGUUCUGCCACGGGUCUCCAUCUCCUCUCGCCCUGCCAGCAUGGUGGCCAACAUUGAGGCAGUGGCUGAUGGCUCAGCCCCCUUCACCAUGAUGAAACUGAAAACAGUGCUAGCAGUCUUUGUAGUGGUGGUGACCUACCUGGUGGCAGGUGGCUUGGUGUUUCGGGCUCUGGAGCAGCCUUUUGAAAAUAACCAGAAAAUCACCAUCACAGCAGAGAAGGCAGCCUUCCUGCAGAAACACCCGUGUGUGUCCCAGGACGAGCUGGAGGAUAUCAUCAAGCACUCUGUGGAGGCUGUGAAUGCUGGAGUGAAUCCAGUUGGUGAUACCUCCUACAACUCCAGCCACUGGGAUCUGGGCAGUGCCUUCUUCUUUGCUGGAACUGUCAUCACAACUAUAGGAUAUGGUAACAUAGCUCCCAGCACUGAGGGAGGGAAGAUUUUCUGCAUUCUGUAUGCAAUAUUUGGCAUCCCAUUGUUUGGAUUCCUAUUGGCCGGCGUUGGAGACCAGCUAGGUACCAUAUUUGUCAAAAGCAUUGCCAAGGUGGAGAAAAUGUUCCGCAAUAAACACAACCAGAUCAGUCAAACUAAAAUCCGAGUGACAUCCACCCUGCUCUUCAUCCUUGCUGGCUGCAUCUUGUUUGUAACCAUCCCAGCUGUGAUCUUCAAGCACAUUGAGGGCUGGACAGCUCUGGAGUCAACAUAUUUUGUUGUCAUUACUCUAACAACAGUUGGAAUAGGUGACUAUGUAGCAGGGGGAGACCGGAGGAUUGAGUACCGUAAGUGGUAUAGACCACUAGUAUGGUUCUGGAUCCUGGGUGGUCUGGCCUACUUUGCAGCGGUGCUGAACAUGAUUGGUGACUGGCUGAGGGUGCUGUCCAAAAAGACGAAAGAAGAGGUUGGAGAAAUCAAAGCUCAUGCAGCUGAGUGGAAAGCAAAUGUACGAGCAGAGUUCCGGGAGACCCGUCGGCGUAUGAGUGUUGAGGUUCACGACAAGCUUCAGCGAGCUGCUACCAUUCGGAGCAUGGAGAGAAGGCAGCUGGGCCUGGACCAGCGCGCUGUGUCCCUAGACAUGCUUUCCCCAGAGCGGCGUGCAAUCUUCAACAGUCUAGACAUCAACAACUAUAAUACCUCAUCCCAGGAGAGCAUUGAUACUAAACUAUACAACCUUCGGCUACGUGGGGCGGAGCAGUGCGACCCUGGCUCCAACCACCAGACCACAUCUGAAGACAAUAUUUUUAACCGCCUGGGCUCUGUCACCAAGAUGACCAAGCGCAGCAGGAAUCGGGACCUGAAGAAGAACAUCCCAAACCAGACUCAGCGGCCUCACAGCGAGGCCUAUGGCUACAGCACGCCCACUUUCGACUGCAGCCCACCUACUGCAGAUGAAGGAAAAAGGAAGGAUGAAGGGGAGUAUGAAGAAAAGGAGUGCAACACCAGUUUGUCUGAUUUUCCACUCUUUGUUGAAGCUUCUAGGCCACAAAAUGAGUUCACUCUAGAGCAGACCAAAGAGAAUGACUGUGAGAAGACAUUUGAUACAGAGCUGCAUAUUCAGAUGGGUCCAUAGACUCUUAAAAAGGAGGUAUUAAAUACCACCAUCAGUGCCUUAUGUGUACCCUAUUCCUGUGUGUGCUUAAGCAGGGACACCUGUCCCUUUGUGCUGUAUACUGUGCAAUGUUCAAUAUUCACUGUGCCCCUUUGAUCCAAUGGACAUAAGUUGUGUUGUAUAAAUGCAAGAACUGGUGCAACCACCUCACUAAUAUUCACUGAUUCAUAUGUAUAAUAAAUGAUGACAUUAUCAUUGUGACAGUGAAUAUUAGUUUCAUUUAUGCAUAAUUGUAUAGACUGACCUCCCAGUGUGGUAUGAAGGAAUGUGUGCUUCUUUACAUCCAUUUUGGAGUACAUCUGGAUGCAUAUAUCUUUUUCUGGAACAUAAUGGAAUGCCGAUUAGCUUAGAAAUAGCAGUUCUGAAAAUAACUCCUUUUGAUGUCCAUGCCUUAUUGCCUGCUUGCCUGGUGCAUAUUUUGUGUUUUACUGUGCAUCCAACACAUAAAAUACUGGUCACACUCUUUAGACCAACACCACUUGUUACCGAAAAUACAGUGAAAGUGAGGAUGCAUUGUAAUGAGAAAAACAUGAGGGCUAAGGGAAAAUUGGACCAAAAUGUGUUUUCAGAUUUAUAACAACAAAAUUCAGAAUUAUAUUUAUUUCUGCCAUUUAAAGGGAGGAAUUUAGACACACUUUGAGCUGUGUUAGCUAUACAAACUGCCACGCAGGACAAGUCACAUACCUUCUUGUCUUGAAUCACUGGAUUAAUAGAAUACAUAUAGAUGCAUAAUAUUAUCAAAUAUGAAUGCACCAGUGAAUUGGAAUGAGAAGUGGUGCGCUAACACUGCUGUGUGUGACAUGGAGUAUGUGCAACCAACAUGGUUGCACGCAACGAAAAAGGACAAGAAAUAGAAAAGUAGAACUGUAAUACACGUGACACAGUUGACCUAAAUGAAAUAGUUUCACGUUGUUUGUUGUCAUGCUGCUUUCUGUGUUGCUUAUUGAAACUAAAUGGAAGUGAAAAUGAUACCCAUUGUUUUAAAUUUUUGCAGGAAAAGUAUGGUCUACAGCAGUGUGACCUACAUAUAUUUUCAGUUGCGAUCAUAUAUGACCAUGAAUGUAAACUAACAGAUGUUUCAGAGGCUGAGUUAGAGUUCCAGCGUAUUAUAAAAUCUGCCAUUUCAAUGAUCCCGUCAAACUCUAUCUCCAGGCUAUACAAUGCCUUGUCCCUUGCCAGCAGUAACAGAACUUUAUACACUAAAGAAAAAUGGGAGGAAAGCAGGAAUUGAGGGGAAGGGUAUUUUGUGCAUCACUGCCUUCCUAAAAUAUAUAUAUGUAUAUAUAUAUAUAUAUAUAUAUAUAUAUAUAUAUGAUUAAAAAAAGAAAAGAAAAUGAUACUCAACAUCUCCCAACCUAAGACAUUCUCUCAACACAUUGUCCAAAAUUGCCUGUUGAAACACUAUCUCAGGGCUUACUGUCCUAGUUUUUGUUGAAGUGGAAGAGUGAUGAAUGUCUGCCACUGCACAUAUUGUAAGAGAAGAGAAGGAACUACUCCAUUGCAUAAAUGGAACAUCAAUGAAACGAGAGGAUGGGUGUGCAAUCAUAAAGCACAUUGCUGUUACCAUAUUACUGAAAGUGCACAAGUUGGGACAAUGACAAUUCUACGUAGUUGGAGCAUCAGGUGGCCGUCACUGGCACUGGUACAAAUAACAGUGGUAGCUACAGUGGUAUGCCCACAAACCACAACACAUGUUCUUGCUAUUUACCUCUAUCUGGUGAUACUUUGAUGCUCUCGUGUACUCCUGGACCCAUGUUAAUGAAGUCAUUAUCUGUGUAUGCAUAAUAUCUGUCAGAUUGUGCUGUUCACAUUAAGCGAAGCUUUGCGCUAGAUUGAAUGCAGCAAAAGCAACUGCUACAUGUUGUAAAAGCAAAUUUUAAAAGAUAUACAAAAAUGUACGCAUAACAAGAAAAACCAAGACAUGGAACUAAAAGGCACAUUAUAUUGCAAAACUGUAUUAUGAUGUAUUUGGUAUUAAUUGUAAACCAACACAUGCUUCAGACGAUGAUGCUUUUCAUGGCAUUUUGUUUUUUUUGUAACUGCCUGUGUUUGGAUGCACAAGUAGAAAUGCUCUGUAUUUGGACACUGCUUUCUUGUGCAACCAUUACAUCAAAUGUGGUGAUUGCAUUAUCAAAAUAAAGAUUACAGAAUUAAGUCCUA